GGGAGAGACGGGGCGGGGCUCCGGGCUUGUUGUUCGUCACUUGGUGCGAAGCCCGAGAAAGUCUCAGGAGAGAACAACGGGUUCUUUCAGAGUGGCGGCAGCGAGAGGGAGAGCCGAGCCGAUUAGUGGCCAGCAGGGCGAGGAGCGCCCGCAAGCCUGCAUUUCCUCCUCUACCACCGCCUCCUUGCCUGGGAUUCCGGUCCGAGCAGCAGACUCGCAUGGCUCACGCUCUGGGGCCGAUGCCGCCGCUUUUCUACCUGUCCCUCUUGCCCGGGCUGGUCCUCGCCUUCAAUCUAGACACGGGCAACGUGGUCAUGUGGAGCGGCGAAUCCGGCAGCCUCUUCGGUUUCUCCCUGGCAAUGCACCGGCAGCUGGAGCCAGAGGACAGGAGAUUGUUGUUGGUUGGUGCACCCCGACAAAAAGCUUUCCCAUCGCAGCUAGCCAAUAGAACUGGAGGGUUGUAUAGCUGUGACAUUACAUCUCCAAACACACAAUGCACGCGGAUAAAAUUUGAUGAGAAAGCUGAUCUGAGUAAAGAAAGCAAGGAAGACCAAUGGAUGGGCGUCACUGUCCAAAGUCAAGGGCCUGGGGGGAAAGUAGUGACCUGUGCACAUCGGUAUGAGAAAAGGCAGUAUGUAAACACAGUUCAGGAAACCCGAGAUAUCAUUGGAAGGUGCUAUGUGCUGAGUCAGGAUCUCUCCAUCAGUGACGAUAUGGAUGGCGGGGAAUGGAGUUUUUGUGAUGGCCGGUUGCGAGGCCACGAGAAGUUUGGCUCAUGCCAGCAAGGCGUAGCUGCCACUUUUACCAGAGAUUAUCAUUAUAUCGUGUUUGGGGCACCAGGUUCUUAUAACUGGAAAGGAGUGGUGCGUGCAGAGCAAAAGAAUCAGACAUUUUAUGAAAUGGGUAUCUUUGAUGAUGGGCCUUAUGAAGUUGGCGGCGAGAGCCACCGUGAUGAGAGCCUAGUUCCUGUUCCAGCUAACAGUUAUUUAGGUUUCUCUUUGGACUCUGGAAAAGGUAUCGUUUCUCAGGACAAGAUCACUUUUGUCUCUGGAGCCCCGAGAGCAAACCAUAGCGGAGCUGUUGUCCUUUUAAAAAAAGACAAUGACAUUCAGCGGGCAUUGUCCCUUGAGCAUGUGUUUGAAGGCGAGGGGCUGGCCUCUUCAUUUGGCUACGAUGUGGCAGUCGCGGACCUCAACAGUGAUGGUUGGCAAGAUAUUGUUGUUGGAGCACCACAGUAUUUUGACAGGGAUGGAGAAAUUGGUGGUGCUGUAUACAUUUACGUUAAUCAACAAGGCAAAUGGGAAGGGGUCAAGCCAAUUCGGCUCACUGGACCUGCAGAAUCCAUGUUUGGAAUUGCCGUUGAAAAUAUUGGCGAUAUUAACCAAGAUGGCUUUCCAGAUAUCGCUGUAGGGGCUCCGUAUGAUGACUUUGGCAAGGUGUAUGUUUAUCACGGCUCCAGGAAUGGGAUAAAUACAAAACCAGCACAGAUUCUAGAUGGCAAGACAAAUGGAGUCUCAUUCUUUGGCUACUCUAUCACCGGAAGCAUGGAUCUUGAUAGAAAUUCCUACCCUGAUAUGGCUGUUGGGUCUCUUUCAGAUUCUGUCGCUGUUUACAGAUCAAGGCCUGUGGUGAACAUUAAGAAAACUAUUGAGAUAUCUCCAGACAAAAUUGACCUAAACAAAAAAAACUGUCCAGGACCCAGUCAAAUUUGCAUAAACGUUAAAGCAUGCUUUGAAUACACAGCUAGUUCCAGUGAUUUCAACCCCAAAAUAAUUCUGAACUACACAUUUGAAGCAGAAAAUGAGAGGAGGCGAUUAGGUUUACCAUCUAGAGUGCAGUUUUCUAAGCAACUCUCUGAUCAGUUCAAUGGAAGUGUGACUCUCUCAGGACAGAAGAGGGAAGAGUGUGUGACCACGCGACUUGAAUUGCAGGACAAGAUCAAAGACAAACUGCGUCCAAUUCCUAUAACAGUUGGCGUUGCAAUAAAUGGCUCAGAGUCCAGCUCUCAAUCAAGGAGGAGGCAAGAAAGGUCACUUCCAGAACUUCUUCCCAUUCUAAACUCCAAUGAGCCAAAGACAGUUAAUUCAGAAGUGCAGUUCCUGAAAGAAGGUUGUGGAUCAGACAACGUAUGCCAUAGCAAUCUGAAGCUUCAUUACAGAUUUUGCACCAAAGAGGGAAAUGAAGACAGAUUUGCCUAUUUACCAAUUGAGAACAAUGUUCCAGUGCUUGUCCUCAAAGAUCAAAAAGACAUUGCCCUUGAAAUCACGGUGACAAACAGUCCAUCUGAUCCAAGAGAUCUCCAGAAAGAUGGCGAAGAUGCCCAUGAAGCUAAACUCAUAGCUACCUUUCCAGAUAGCUUGACUUACUCUGCUUUUAGAGAGCUGAAAGCCUUUCCGGAAAAACAAUUAACCUGCGGGGCUAAUCCAAAUGGUUCUCAAGUAGAGUGUGAACUUGGAAAUCCUUUUAAAAGAAAUUCUACAGUUACAUUUUAUGUGAUUUUAAGUACAACUAAAGUUAAUGUUGAUACAAGGAACUUGGACAUUAAUCUGAAAUUGGAAACAACAAGCAAUCAAGUUAAUUUGGAUCCAAUUACUGCUAGUGCUAAAGUAGUUAUUGAACUGCUUUUGUCACUCACAGGGGUGGCUAAGCCUUCUCAGGUGUACUUUGGAGGCAAUGUCAUCGGCGAAAGUGCUAUGAAAUCUGAAGAGGAUAUUGGCAGCUUAAUUGAAUAUGAGUUUAGAAUAACUAACUUGGGUAAGCCACUGAAAACAUUUGGUACAGCUUCUUUGGACAUCCUUUGGCCAAAAGAAAUUAAGGGAGGCAAGUGGCUGCUGUAUUUGGUGUCGAUCAGCUCCAAAGAAUUAGGAGAAGUCCAGUGCGAACCUCGGAAUGAAAUAAACCCCUUGGGAAUUAAGAUGUCUCGAAGUUCAAGGACAAAACGUGAAGUUGCAGAGAAGCAGAUAGACGGUGGCAAAAGCUUUUCUUUGUUUUCAGAAAGAAAAUAUAAGACUUUGGAAUGUAAUGAGGAGGCAAACUGUGUCAUCCUAAGAUGUCCCCUUCAAGGCCUGGACAGCAAAGCAUCUGUUGUGUUGCGUUCCAGGUUAUGGAACAGCACUUUCCUAGAGGAAUACUCUAAAAUGAGCUAUCUAGACAUUGUCCUUAGAGCUACAAUCAGCAUCACUGCUGCAGAUAAUAUUAAGCUGGCAAAUGAAGCUACUCAUGUGCGGGUUACUGUCUUCCCUGCAAAGACAGUGGCAUUGUAUAAAGGGGUGCCUUGGUGGAUCAUCUUAGUAGCCAUUCUUGCAGGAUUGUUAAUGCUUGCUCUGCUGGUAUUCUUGCUAUGGAAGUGUGGGUUCUUCCAGCGUUCCAGGUACGAUGACAGCGUCCCCCGCUACCAUGCUGUAAGAAUUCGGAAAGAGGAGAGGCAGAUCAAAGAUGGAAAAACUAAAGAGAAUUAUGCAAAAAAACAGUGGAUCACAAAAUGGAAUGAAAAUGAAAGUUAUUCCUAGGGAUCACCCCUGAACUGAAGGCUCAAAUGUUUUUUAAGGUGUCCCUGAUUCAUGAUGGAAAGAUGAAGACCUAUCUACAGAACUCACCUUUUAAAAAAAGAUGUUACUUUUAUAUUAAAGCUUUUUUGUUUUACCGGCCUAACUCUUAAGACCACCUAAACCAAUCUAUAUGCAUUAUCUAAAAUGUCCAAUCUUUAAAAAAUAUUUCAGUUCUAAUCCAAACCAUCAGUCAGGAAAGGAAGACGGGAGUCUGUAGAGGAAAUUAUGUGAUAACUCAGGCUGUCCUGUCUCUCUAUGGAAUAGUGCCAUACAACUCCUAGGUCUGUUUUCUCUCAGCUUAAUUUUUGCAGCUAGAAUUCUGGAUGCCUGUUUGCUCCUCCUCCACCACCUUUGCCACCCUCUAGUUUCCUCUUGGGCUGACAGUCGUGGCUUAUUAGAACUCUCUGGCCAGAAUCCGAGGUGUGUAUUAGGUCUUGCCUACAGUUUGAACUGCAUUUUAGGUCUUGCACCUCAAUCUAUCUUGAGUUCUUGGGCUUAGCUUUCUUGCCGUUUUGCAUACCUGAGCAGCUACCUAGAUCCCCACUAAGAUCCUGAGAUAAUUUACUUAACUAUGGGUGCUCCUGCAUUUCAGUUCAUUAGUCUUAAUUUAAAACCAGUGUCUUGAUAGAAAGGGAUAUCACCUUCUGUUGAGUGUCACAUUUUUGUGGGGAGAGUAGUCUUGCCACCGGUUAUGUAUUUUUUUUUUUUAGUAAAAUGGUAUGAGACUCUGAGUGUAACAGAGUGGUAUUACCUACCUACCUACCUCUCCCACUUGCAGACAAGGGGGUUGGACUCGAUGGCCUUAUAGGCCCCUUCCAACUCUACUAUUCUAUGAUUCUAUGACAACAGCCUGGUUGUGGCUUCCCAGUGGUGGUAGCAAACAAAGCAUUCACUUUGGGUUUUAGGGAUUGUUGUUUCAGGGAAUUUCUAAGUGAAAAGGGUGGGGUUUCAAACGGAUCUGGUCAUCAUGCAUCCUAACCUAUCGCCCCAAACCUGGAAGAUGCUCUCCCUAAUCUCAAGACAUACGGAGGCUGGUUGUAAUUAUUCAGUUGUGAGAGGUAACUCUUCAAAUGGUCAAAGGUUAUUACUUCACAUUUCUAGGAUUAAGCCAUCACACUGAAAAGGUUCAGUGGUUCAGUUUAGGUUCUGAACUCUGGUAGACCCCUGCUAAAAUUAAACCUUUAACUUUAUAUAAGUGACCUGAUGGAUUUUUUUCAGUUUUGGGGGAACAAGUGGUUUGGAUUUUGAGAGGCUUGAGAGAUGCUUGUUUUGUUUUGCAUUGCUGAAAAAACUACAUGCAACAGAAACAAAUGUUUCCUGACAUUUGGAUAGCUUUUGUGUAUUGGGGUUGUUGUUGGGUUUUUUUAUUUUUGCCAAUACAUGUGUAUGUAUUUUCUGUAAGAAUGUAUGGAUUCAAGAACUAAUGUAAAUUGGUAUGGCUAAAUUUCUAAAUGAGAGAUGAAGCUCAACUUUGUCUGGAAGUCAUAUUCACAUGGAAGCCAUUCCUUCUGUCUAUGGGUAUGUAGAGGAUAGGUGAUGUUUCUCAGUAGUGAGACCAUGGCACUUUGCACAUGUUUAAAGGCAUUCUUUCCUUUAAGUAUUGUACCAGUCCUAGUGUGUCAAACGGAAGGGAGUUUAAAAAUUACAGUCCUGCCAGUCAUGAAACUACCAGCCACCAAUGUAUACAGUGGCCCUGAGAUGUGUUCUUCAGGUAAAUAUGAUAUAUCUAACAGUGCAAUCUUUUAUCCAUCUAUCCAGAAGCAAGUCCUGUUGAGUUCCUUAGAUCUUAUUCCUUGGUAAAUGUCUAUGAGAUUGCAGCCUAAACCUGCUAAUUCCUUCUCCUAAAACUUGUGUAUAGCCAUGGUAGUUAGUGUAAUCUUAAAUGUGCAAUAGGUUAUGUUUCAAUGUUUUAACAGUCAGUUUGUGUGUAUCUGUCGCUCACACCAAAUAUACACAGGUUUGUUCAUUUUUUAAAGCUUGAAUAUUGGUUGUACUUUUUUGUAUAUACUGUAAGUCUUUUCUAUAUAUUUAUUUUUACCAUAAAUCUUUGUCUUGGACUAACUGUUAAGCCAAAGAUUUUUAACUGAACACUAUCAAGCAAUAGCAUAUAAAAGUUCAGAUUAAAACUGAAUCAUUUCCAUUAAAUGUGCCAAUUCUUAAUCCUUUGAAUUUCAGUGACUAAAACAUUCUUGGAAAGCUGUUCUUUACCUAUUUCUCAUUAUGUAGUAGGGAAAUAUUGUAUCUUCUAAAUAAUUGGUGCACUAAUGCAUACCUACAGAUGUUUUAUCUAUAGAAAUUUUAUAUCACUAACUUAAUAUGGCGAGUGCUCCUUGGAGUGAGCGAGGGAGGUUUUCUAGUUCUGAAUUUGGAACAAGAUUAACUACUGCAGACGUUAUAGCACUUGACACAAAACAGAAGCUCCGAAAUUUAACUAUGGAUCUAUACUGGUCCAAUUUAAGACUACUGAGUAAAUGUCAUACAAUACCUACAUUUUAAUUGUAAGAAUAGUUCCAUACACUUGUGCUGCUUGAUACCUGUGAUGAUAACAAAGGUAUCUGCAGUUUUUUAAAAGCUACAUCUUAAAAAAAUAUUGGUACUGAUUAAAUAAGUAUUGUAAGUGUGCUCUAACAUUUACUAUAUACGAAAUAUCAACAAAACCUUUAGUAUGUGCAGAGUGUGUGAGAUUGGAUAAAAACUAUGCAAACUUUAAAUAUUUAUCUUCAGGAACCAGAUCCUAUAUGCCUUAUUCUCUACAGUCACACUACAAAAAAAAAUCAGCUCAAGAUGAUUAUUGUCCUUUUUAAGGUUUGGUUUCUGGUUGUUAAUUUCCACUUCUUUCACUGCUUUAUUGUUAUUCAAAUCUCUUUGCCCACAUAUUUUAUAAAAAUUCCUUAAUUUUUCAAAAAGGCUUCUUUUUAAAAAAAGUUAAAUGUGUAAACUUAGUCUCAUCAAACGUGUUACAAUUCUAUGGCAAUGUAGUCCACCAAACUCUGCUGAUGCCUCUUUCCACCCCAGUUAAAUGGGGCCCCACACAAGACCCCCACAGCAGCAUGUCUGGUGGAGAGAAUCUUAAAUUAUUAUCAUUUAAAAUCCAAAUACUAUGGGCUUCGUCACUUGAAAAGCUAGAAUUUUAAAACACUACUGUCUCUUUUCAUAAAAACACAACUGUGAUUUUGGUGCUUUGCCAAGAAGAGCAAAUCAUAGGCAGUGUUAAAUUAGGACUGGUCUAAAAUGUCAUCUCAAGUCACAUCACUGGUAUAUAUUCAUUUUUACACUGACUGUUACUAACAUCAAAUGUUAAAUCAUUGCUAAAAAUCACCUGUGGAUAUUUGUAUGAAAGUGUGAAAUAAAUUUUGUAUGAAAAGCUCUUUCUGU